UUUUGAGAGAGAAAAAAAUUGCAACUGGGCGAUGUUCUUUCGCCACAAUUCGCCGCAACAUCCGAACAUUUUUGUGAGGUUAUGUCAUAUUCCGGGUUGAGUUGAAUUUCUGAGAAGAUUGAGAACGAUCGAAAAGGAAUUCUAAUUGGCAAAUAAGUGGAAGAGAAGUGAUAAAAAACACUGAGAUAAUGUCCGAGGCAAAGAGGAAGAACUAUGGGAAGAAUAAUUACAAGAAUGAGGAGAUGAAGCAUCGAAAGCUUAGUUUUUUGGAGCCCGGCAUGAAAGGUUUCAUGGCCACAUGCAAUUUCCGGGAAAAGGAUUGUAUCCGGGAGUGCUACAACAUUCUCAAUCAGUACAUGGACACCUCGAUGAAUGAUCCACCACCUGAGGAAGAGCCAACAGCUGUCAAGAAGAGCGAUGACGAGGAGGAGGAGGACAUUUCAAAAGCUCUGCAGAAAGAUUUGGACAAGGAGAAGCAGCGGAAUCAGAAGAAAUUUCACAAAUUCAACGUUGCCGACACCGGAGUUACCAAUUGUGUCUUCAUUGCUACAUCUCUGGAUGAUCCUGUUGGGCUUGGGGUUAAAAUUGCCCGUGACAUCGCAGCCACAAAAGUUCAGCGUACAAAGUUCCUCCUUCGACUGAUUCCCGUAGAAGUUGUUUGCCGUGCCAAUCUUCGGAGUAUCACAGACGCCGUGGGGAGUCUCUGCGACAAGUACGUCCUGCAGGAACCCAAAACCUUCUCCGUUGUCUUCAAUAGACGCUACAACAAUGCCAUUUCACGCGAUGAUGUGAUUAAGGAAGUCGCAGAUGUGGUCACGAGCAAAAAUUCCGGGAAUAAAGUUAAUCUCACUGAGCCAGAGAUUUCCGUUGUGGUGGAAAUCAUCAAGGGGAUGUGCUGCAUUAGUGUACUUCCGGAUUAUUUGAAACUCAAGAAGUACAACUUGUUGGAACUCGCUGAUGUGACUAAUAAGGGUGAGACCAAAGGAGGAGGAGGAGGAGCAGCUAAAGAGACUCCAGUAGAGGCUCCCGAGAUGCCUUCUGAGGGCACUGAGGCUGAAGGAGUCGCAAAAUAGGUGCAAGGAGCAAUCAAGGAUGAAGAUAUUGAGGAGGAAGCCUUACCAGAAGCGACAGAGAAAUCUUCAGACUAACUUCUAACUUAUUUAAUUUUGAAAAUGAAUUCAAAAGGAUUUUCGAUCCAA